UCGUGUUUUUUUCUUUCGUUUUCGGUCUCUUUUCCAAUAUUUCUGGGUGAUAGAUAAAACGUAGAGAUGCAAAUGCAACCUGAUUGAUCCUCUUUUUUCAGUAGCAAUGAUAAUCAUCAUCACUCAACAGUUUCUUGUUUAUUUUGUUGAAACCAAUUGCAAGGGUAGUGUAAUAUAGAAUUAAAAAAUAGUAUAUUUUUGUUUUGUUUUUUGGAUGUUAGAAAUUGAGGAAUGGAUACAUUGAACGAGUAUUUAUCAAGCCAAGCGGAACACAUAGCUUCGUCUCUAUAUAGCUAUGCAUUGAGGGCGAAACGUCGUCGAAAAAACAAUGGAUGUCAUCGUUAUCAUGGUCUUCAAACUCUAGUUCAUUCAGAAGCAACCAAGUUGCCUGAGAGAAUUCUACAUUGUUGCAGCAUUGAUAAAACAAGAAUUGCACUAUCACAAGAUGUUAAAACAUCUGUGUUGUGGGAGAGGUUGUCAAAUUCGUUAGGGUCAUCAUCGCCGGGGCUGCGUUCGGCGGUGAUGGGUGAUGUGAUUGGGGCGGAGAGUGGAGAUUGUAUGAGCUGUGAUUUGCUUGAGCUUCUAAGUCAAGAUCAAUGUGAAAAGAAGGGGUUUGUGUUUAAAGAGAGGAAGAAAGUGAAGAAGGAGUUUCCUCCGGCGAUAACUUUGAUGAGAGAUUCGGGUGGGGCGAUGCCAUGGUGUAUUAGAAAGGAAUGUAAUGAGGAAGGGAGGUUGAUUUUUAAGGCGGAGCGAGUGAAGUGCUAUUAUGAAAAUAUGGAGGCUCAGAGAGAAAAUGGUAGACUUACCAUGAGGCUCAUCCAUCAUCACGCUGAUGACGAUGAUGAUGGAUGGUCUAUUGACGAUGUUGAUGUUGAUGAAGAAUGCGAAGAAAAGAAUGGUUAUGAGUUGGAUGAAGAAUUGGCAAAGGAAUUCGAUAGUAAUGAGACGCGGAAGACUGAGAUCGGGCGGUGUUGGGCCGAUUUUCGCCCGUGUGUUUCUUAUGGUGGGGGAGGGUUUGGUAGGGAUUCAGGAUCCUUCUAUUUGGGUCAGCCAGGUUCUGCACCCAUUGCUUAUGUUAUGUGAUUUGAUUCUUUGCCAACCUAAUAAAUAAACUAUUCAUCUUUCGUGUGAUGCAACAAAAAAACACAUAGAAACGAUGGAGAGGCUAGUAGGAUAGAGUGGCUAGUUGGUGAAAUAUAUGGUAUGCUAUUUUUGUUUCUUCUUCAACAUUUUGUCUCAGACUUUUCAGGACUUAUAGCAUUUGCUUGUUGUAAUUUUCAUGGUUUUUCAUUGUUCAUUUGAAGAGAUUAA